ACCACCGUGUGCCCAAUGGGCGCUCUUGAUUGAUCGAUCCAGCAAAUAAACGGUAGCCACUAAAGAUUUCUCCAUCACAUCCUCUUUCUUCUUUCGAGGAUCCAUGGCGCCCACUAUCGGCAUUGGCGUUCCCAUUCUAAUCGUUCUCCUCUUGGGAUCGAUCGCCCCUCUCCAGCUCCACGCCGCCUCCUUCAACGAGAGCUGCCGCGCCACCGUCGAUCCCCCCUGCCAAGCGCUGCUCGCUUACAGAUCCAGCUCGCUCUCCCCCACCAUCGCCAACAUCUCCAGCCUCUUCUCCAUCCCCGUCCAGGCCAUCCUCGCUGCCAACGCCUUCUCGCCCUCGGACGAUCCCUCCGCCCGGCUCUCAACUGGGGAGACCCUCCGGAUUCCAGUCCCUUGCUCCUGCGCCGCCAAUGGGCAGCGAUCGGGCAACACCACCUACACCAUCGCCCCGGGCGACUUCCUCUUCCAGAUCGCUAACAACAGGUACGGAGGACUCGUCACCAUAGAAGAGAUCGCCGCCGCCAACGGCAUCGUUGAUCUGGACAAGAUCUUGGCCGGGCAAAACCUCACCAUUCCGUACCCCUGCUCUUGCCGCGGGAAUUCGUUCGGCGGCCGCGAUGCGCUCUUCAUGGCGUACGUGGUCCAGGAUGGGGAAUCCCGCGAGGGUUUCUACCGGAGCUACAAUCUCUCGCAGGAAGAGUUUGAUCGCUUGAAUCCUUCGGUGAAUGUGUCACAGGCGGGCGCUGUGAUCGAGCUUCCAGUUCCAGCUUGCAGGGCUAGAUUCAAUCGAAGCGCUCUGGAUUCCAACCUGACUGUGGCGUCUGGAGGCUAUGCGAUCACUGCCAAUGGUUGCGUCCAAUGCAAUUGCGAUGGAACAGAGCUUCACUGCACGAGAGCUCCUACGGCUCCGCGGAAUUGCUCGCUUGGCUGCCGAAACUCUCGUCUCCAAAUCGGCAACUUUAGCACCGGGGCGAAUUCCUCCGGAGGCUGCACGAUCGAGUCGUGUCUCUACGAUGGAUACAACAAUCGCCAAAUCUUCACAAGGAUCGAAAGAAACGCAACAAGCGGUACUUGUGGAGACGUCCAAGCGCCGCCAUCCUUCGCGUACGCCCCCGAGGGAGAUGGAAUUCCCGAAGCAUUUGCGCCAUCAUCUUUACCCGGGGCAGAGGGAAUUCCACCUCCAACACCAGGAGCAGGAUCAAACUCUCCGGGGCAAACGGCACCACCUCCAUCAUCCAGCUCCAUCAAAAUCUCCAUCGCUUACCUCCUUCCCGUCGUCCUAUCUGGUUUGUCCAGCAUUGUCCUCUACACAAUCUAAUCUUGACAACAAAAUUUUGAAAUCGAAUAUUCUCUCCCAUCUGUUUCUUUUGACAAUUGCUACCACGAAGAACAGGAAUGUUUUUAUGAA